CAUUCACUUUUUGGUUUGUAUUUUGAUACCUAGCAUAAAAUUAUUCAGUUUUUUUGCAAAACAUCCGAACCUCAAGGAAGAGCUGGAAACGCGUUAAAUUCAUUGGCGUGGAUUUUACUUCCUGUCUUCAAUGCAGAUCAUCAAUAAAGAACAACAUGAUGCACCAAAAAGUCAAUUACUCGUUGCAACACUUCAGGACGCCGAGUUAUUAUCUCCAGUUUUGCAGCAAGUUAACGUGGAUUCCAAUUAUUUCAAAUUCAUACCCAAUCAACAAGUAUCUGUUCCGGAUCCGAUCGCCAUGCAACUUAUGGCUGAUGUAGAGAAUCAGGCCGUCGAUCAGCAACUACUUUCAACACCGUUGUUGACUGGUUCGGAAAAUUCAUCGACGAAAACACAAGAGGAUGAGGAUAAGGUAGAUGAUCCACAAGUAGUAGGUGUCGAAAACCAGAUGGACGAUGAUGAAUCACUACAGAAUGAAAUACCAGCGGAUGGAGAGCAAAUCAUGGAUCGUGAAGAUCAUAUAACAUCGGAAGAUCAACAGUUUGAUGAAAAUCAGUCUCCUAAUACAAGUCAGAAGCGACAACAGGUUGCAAAUAUCGAAUUGCAGAAAAGUUCCAAAAAGCACGCAUCAUCCGAAAUGAAAUUUCGCUUUUUCGAAAUUAAUUGGAGUAAGAUAAGCGACAGUAUAAUCAAGAAGCUGACCAACAUACAGCAGUUUAAAACCGAUCAUAAAGAGGAUUCCAUUCCAGCGUCACUGCGAUUGACCAAAACAGAUACCACGAGUUUGGUAAACAACGUAGUUGAUCAGUUGCGUAUAAUCGAUUCGGAAAUUAAAGCAAAUGUGAUGGAAACAGUUGCCAGACAAUUGUUGUCCAAAUAUCCUUGUCUCGAGUUGAUAGACGACGAUGGACAUGGAAACGGCAUGAGUUACGUGAUAUUCAAACAUAAGAUGAUAAAUCAUAACAAUUACCUCAAUCGUUUCAAGGAUUCAUCGGAAGAGAAACAUACAGCUAACCAUAAGGGUCGUAACGUAAGAGCAGGCACUCUGAAAGCUUACUGGACCACUAUAAAAAAAGAUUGCGAGAAAGAUACCUUAUCAAAGCUUCGCCGAGACGAACCUGAUGUAUUAACGAAUGAGCUUCUUGUGGCAUCCCAGGCGUAUGUAAGAUAUCAGCUGAACGAAAGUAAAAAUCUUGGAAACUUGCUGGCCGAGUAUCCUGUUUUUAGAAGAAGAAGUCUUCUUAAUUAUCAUUUCGCUCAAGCAACAGGCAUUAACGUUGACGAUCUGCGCAAGUAUUAUUGUAUGAAACGUGCGAAAAUAAUCAGUUAUUCAAAUACUGCUGGUCGAACCAUUUCAAAAUUAAGUGACGAGUGCUGCGAUUUGGACAUAUUCGGAUAUCUAGCUAAACUUGUGGGAGAAGACAUUAAUGAUCUGAUUGUCAAGAAAGAGAUUGGAACACGCAUCGACGAAAUUCAUUUGGAAUCGACGGGUCCUUUGGUGGUAUCUGUAGAUUUGGGUGAAAGAGCUUACAUGUACUACGUUUAUGUAGAUCACACUCGAGUUACGGAAGGCACUAAAGACAUAAUUUGCGCAAUGCAGGAUAUUAUGUGCACGUACUACGUUCACAAUUAUAAAUAUCUGAAAGCAACAUCAAAACUCCUGGAGCUGAUUCAACAAUAUUUUCUGAAAAUAACACCUUCCAACGCUUCAAAAUCGAAUGCAUACCGAGUUGGCAACCAGCAACGUGUCGUACGGCGAGUGAUCGAUGCCCUGGCGAAGCAUGAUUGUGAUGCAAGCGGUUCAAAAUAGAUGUUUUUGAGAAAAAAAAACCGUUUGCGUAAA